AUGGAAGGUUUCAGGAUAUGAAAAAACUCAGUUUUUUCAUAUCGUUCGCGUAUGAUUGUCCAAGUGCAUCUUGGUUCAACGUCUUCAAUCUUGCGAUAAACAGAUGUAGGAUCAGGUUACUUCCCUUUGGAAGAGUGUUGGGGCACGGAAAUAUUUCUCAAUGAAUUUUAAAUAUGUAAAAUUUUGAAAAUCGAACGUCAUCGAAUUGCAUAGGGGAAUCUCUGAUGCUGCCAUUCGUUCACAUGUGCAGCGCUCGUUGAUCAAAGUUUGGCUUUCGUUACCGUACGGGUUGACUUAAGGCGACAACUAUGAUCGAAAUGAGAAUCCCAAGGGAUGCGUUAGGCGGCGCGACAGAAGUUGAAUCCAACAUAUUCAAUGAACCUGACGAUGAACUAGCCGCUCCGCUGCUGCUGCGAAAUCAGUCUGUUAGCGAGUAGAGAUAUACAUACGUAUCGUGUUAAUUGUGCUCUUAUCCAAUCCAACAUUCGAAUAUAAUCAAAUACCACUUUCUCAGUUGUAUUUCUUCGAUUUAAUUUGCGGGACAGAUUUUUGAAUAACACGUGAAAGUGUGUAAUUAUUCCGUUACCGUUGCGAUCUACGUGCAAGAAAAGCAGAGGUUCUUUCAAUUUCACAAGUUCCUGAAACACAAAUUACGAUCUAAGGCUCAAGGUACGUUUUCUUUAUUCUCAAUACAUCUUGGAAGAUUUAUUCUUAGAGAAAAAAAGCUCUCGUUUACGGGCAAAAAGAAUUUGUUAAUUGUAAGAUCUAUGUGAAAGAACAUGUUUUGAUUGUAGAUAUUGGUAGUAGCAUUUACAUAUGCUUAGAUAUAUCAGAUUCAUUUUUCCUUUAUUCUGUGUUCUUUCAAAUUUAUACAAAAGUUAUAGAAAUUGUAUAUAUAUCCAUAGGUGAGAUUUAAUUACAAACGAGAAAAUAUUAUACUGCUCACAAAAAUUAGGAGAUAUUACAAAAUGAAUAUGAAGCGAUAAAAGAAGCAUUUGAUUUUUUUUUUUUUUUUUAUUAUGCUUCAUAUUCAUUUUGAAAUAUCCCCUAGUUUUUGUGAGCAGUAUAUUUUGUAAUGGAAAUGAAGCACCUGCCUUAAAUUUAAUCCUAAUCCUCCUUAGAUAUUAAGCACGAGUGAAGAUUACAGUGUUAUAAUCGAUGUUCCACUUUAUACUAAUCGUGUCGUAUGAUGCCUGUCGUUAAUAAAACAAAACCACCUAUGGCUGACGAGAAUACAAUAUCGAUCAAUACCAGCGUCGUGCUUUGAUUAAUCGACAAUUUUGAUUUACAUUAUUCGUUCUAAUUGUCGAUCUUUUUUUGAAACAUUUCAUUUAGGGAUGAAUGAUAAAGUUAGUGAGCAUAUGAUCCGGAAAUACCGCUGGCUGUACGGGUCGCUCUAAUCUUUUAUUUAUUCGGCCUUUCAUUUUUAUUGAAGAUCAUUGAAAUUUUUCUUAUAAACAAGCAUUAAAUAUUUCACAUUAUCAAACGUUUUUUUGUUGAGAAAAAAUUUUUAUUCAAGUGUUACGAUUGGUUAGACAUCUCUGUUUCCAAGUUUUUUUUUUUUUUAAUAUGAAAUGAAAAAUAAAUAGGCUCAACAUGUACUGCCAGUAUCAGUCGAAUAACUUGAGGAAAUUUCACCAAGUAAUUAUUCGCAGAAUACAGUUGAAAGGUCACACUUGUGGAGAUAUUGGUAACAGUCUGACGACCAACUAAGAUACAUAUUAUAAUAAUUAUGCGCGUAACAAGUUCGUUCGAUUUCUCGUCGAAAGCUGUUAUAAAUCUGAAAAUUUUUAUUCUUUCCAAAAGACUUAGAACUCGGAACUUAUCGGUACAUGAUCUUUUGUCUAAUCAUUUUAACCAGGUAGAUUAGAAACAAUGGCCGUUUCGUUGUUAAUUUAUAAUUUCCGAUAAUAUUUGGAUUUGAUAUCUUGAUACAUCUCGAAUGAUGAUUACGUAAAAGCGAUCAUUGCAAUCGUUAUCGACAUAUAUGUUAUGUUAAAAAUGAAGAUUUAUCCUUGACUAACGAAAAUCAGAUUUUGGCCUACCGUUAGACACUGACAACGAGUUUUACGUGAAAGAAAUACAAGAUAUGAUUUGUGUGAUACGAAGAAUGAUAAAAGAUGGUAAGUUGUCGAUUAAUUAAUUUUCAUGAAUUUUUCGAGUACAACGUGAAAGUCGUAACAAGGAAAAUGGUAGGGAAAAAAAAAUGUAAUCUAUUCUUAUUGUUGAUAAUACAUAUUUCCCCCCCUUUUUUUUUCUAAUUAAUAAAUGACUCUGGCAUAAGGAAAAAAAUUGAAAGGCCUUUCAUUAUUUCUCAAUAAAGAGUAAGGUUCAUGAUACGUCUUAUCUUUUAUAGACUAUACAUACGAAUGAAGAAUAUAUUACAUUUUGUAUUAUUUAUAGGUAAUCAGUAAAUUAAGUUCGGUAUGACGUUGCGAUCGUUUAAAUUUUUGAUUAAUGUUGAAAGUAAAACGUAUAUAUAUAUAAAUUACAAUCUUGAACAUCAAUUCUAAUCUUAAGUUCAUCUUCAGUUGAAAAUAGAUGAAAAUCUUUCCUUUUUUUAUUUAUAAUAAACGGAGCCAUGAAAUUAUUCGAAGCGAUAUUUUUCAAAGAACAGAGAGCCCCUUCUAUGAUACGUCAUACAUUUGAAAAAAUAUAGUUUCCAUGUCUCGAUCAUCUUAAGAAAGGCUCAGUUAUUUUCCACUAAUUGCAAUUGGAAUUGUACAUAUAUAGUGGAAUAUUGAAAUGAUAUGCAAUACAAUAUAUGCAUCGGAUAUGAAUUUGAAAUAUUAGUUUUUCAUUUCUAAUUGGAGUAAUUUUAUAUAAACUGUGCAUUUCUUUAUUACAAAGUGUUUAUGGCUUAAUAUAAAAUUACAGAGUAUGCAAAAAAGCGAGUGUUAAUUUUUAUAAACAAUUUGUAUUGUUGAAGUAGUAUGAGAAUUUCAACUUUAUUACAGUGUGUUAUACAUUGUAAGUAUAAUUCUAUAAUAGGUCAUUAUUUUAUAAUAUUAUUAUUUAAAAUCAUUCUAAUGAAGAUAAGUGAAAGAAACGUGAAACAGACAAAGGAAGAAAAUAAGAAGGGAACGAAUAAAAAGAGAGCAGUGUAUACAUUUUAAAUCCAUGCAUUUGGGCUCUUAUGUGUGUUCACGGUUUAUGAUUGCGGGUCAAGCUGUGUAAUACUAUAAGCAGUCAUAAUAUAUUUCUUAUCACAAUGGUGCUCAACUCUGACUGAUUUUAAUUUUCAAUCUUGUAAGAACAUGUAUUACUUCAAGACACGAUCGCAUAUUUAUUUUGCCGGUGUUUAAUAUUUGUUGCAUUUUUCGUUGAAUUUUUGCAUGUAUUAUUAUGUCAUCUAUAAACAUCGGGUCGUAAUCAGAAUUUUCUUCCUCUCUCUCUCUCCGUUUUAUUGCAUUUCCGGUUGAAUAAAAUAUUUGAUGGAGGGGUAGAAAUGAUGAUGGAAGAAAAAUUUCGAUUCGUAAAGCAUGAAAAGACUUCGAAAGACUGCUGACACAUUGCAGCGAGUGGGCAAAUUGAAACUGAGUUUUUGCUCAAGCUUGAGAAAUCGGAGACAAACUUGUCGGUGUAGAAUUACGAAGGAAAUGCGAAUGAUGGCCAGUUCGAAACACUGGGAUAAUGAUUAUAUUUUUCGCGGUAGAAUUCAUUUCUCUGUUUUUAAUAUUACAUUCCUAAUAAAAACUUUUGUAUAUAUUAAGAUUUAUUACUGAUCUAGUUUUUAAAUCAAAUGAAUAUAUUACUUGAAUAAAUAGAAGAGAAUUUAAAUCCUCAUAUAUGGAUUAUAAUCGCUUUUUGGAUCAAUAUGAGUUAUGAUGCAUAAGCGUCAUCGACUUCUAAGGUCAUUCCUUUUUUAUUGUUGUAUUAUAGGAGUAUUAUCAAAAUGUUUUCAAUCAUCCACUUGAAUUUAUGUUUACAUUUCUUUUACAUUGUAAAUGUGUUAAUUACAUUAUUGCAGGACACGUCUUCCAAAAUCCUGAAACAGUUAAUAUUGUUUUAGAACCUGGUAUAUGGUAAGUUAUUCUUGAUAUUUCUUUUUCAACUAAUGAAGUUUAUGUUACUGAUGUUAUGAUGCUCUAUUGUAGCUCAAAAGAUGAAGAAGUUGAUAAUAACUGUGUAGUAAGAGCUAGAGGUCUUCCUUGGCAAUCAUCUGAUCAGGAUAUAGCAAAAUUUUUUCGUGGCCUAAAUAUUGCCAAGGGUGGUGUAGCUCUGUGUUUAAGUGCUAUGGGUAGACGUAACGGAGAAGCCUUAGUACGGUUUAUUAACAAAGAACAUAGAGACAUGGCAUUAAAAAAACAUAAACAUCACAUGGGAGGAAGAUAUAUAGAAGUGUAUAAAGCUUCUGGAGAGGAUUUUGUUAGCGUUGCUGGAGGAGCUAAUGGUGAAGCUCAUACAUUUUUAUCUAAAGGAGCGCAAGUUAUUGUUAGAAUGAGAGGCUUGCCAUAUGAUUGUAUUACUAAACAAGUGUUGGACUUCUUUUCGUCAGGGCAAAAGUCCUGUGAAGUAUUGGAUAAAGAAGAAGGCGUUUUGUUUGUAAAAAAACCAGAUGGCAGGGCAACUGGGGAUGCAUUCGUUCUUUUUGCAAAGGAGGAAGAUGCUAUGAAGGCAUUAAGUAAACACAGAGAUUGCAUUGGAAGCCGUUAUAUAGAACUUUUUCGAAGUACAAUUGCUGAGGUGCAGCAGGUUUUGAAUAGGGCAAUUGAUCCGAAACAACAGGUUGUACUUCCAACGCCGCCUAUUCCACAACUUCCUCCCAUACUUCCACAACAUAUUAUCACUUCUGGUACGCGCAAAGAUUGCGUUAGAUUGCGCGGUCUUCCAUACGAGGCUCUUGUUGAGCAUAUCCUCGAGUUCAUGGGCGAACAUUCGAAAAAUAUUGUCUACCAGGGUGUUCACAUGGUUUAUAAUGCUCAAGGUCAGCCUUCCGGUGAGGCGUUUAUUCAAAUGGACAGCGAAAGUUCAGCAUACGCGUGCGCGUCACAGCGACAUCAUCGGUACAUGAUAUAUGGCAAGAAACAACGAUACAUCGAAGUGUUCCAGUGCAGUGGGGACGACAUGAAUCUGGUAUUGACAGGUGCAGUAACACCACCAUCAACCAAGGCUCUACUAUCACCCGGUACGUUGACCACACAAACUCCUGCAACUUUGACACAUCCGCCUCCGCCGACACCGGUACCGGUACCGGUACCGACGGCGCAACCCCCUCUCUGGGACAUUCACGCGUUAGUACAGGCUCAACAAGCCCAAGCACAGGCGCAGGCUCAAGCGCAAGCUCAAGCUCAGGCUCAAGCGCAAGCAAUUCGAAAUCAAGACUUUUGGUUAAUGGCUCUAGCCUCAAAUCCACCACCUACCUCUACUACUCCUGCUUCCCCAACUUCGUCAGUUACGACUAAGACGCUCGCUCUACCGGGACCGAAUCCGCAGCAUCAGAUUCCUGCCUAUGCAAUGGCACCUCAGACAGCAGUCGCGGCCGCUGCGGCUGCUGCAGCGCUUCACGCUCAACCACCCGCGCCGGCCCCCUUUUUACUCUUUAAUGUACCCUCUCGUAUUCCUAUUUUACGGGCACCGGCACCGCAUAGUAUCUUGACACCUAUCGUUCAGGCUGCUCCCAUUAAUCCAGCCGCUAUAAUGGGAUUAAAGAGAACCUGGGAAACCGCUUUCCCAUCUGAUACGUCGAGCCCAAUCGCGAAACGUGCCACGUGGCACACACCAGCGGCCGCAUUUCACGCGCAAGCUCCAGCCGCAGCACCAGGCUUGCCUUAUCCUGCUCAAUUUUAUCCUCAGAUUUAAUCAGGUUAUGUUAAACUUGUUAGUUAUCGAUCACACAGUGGACGGACGCAGUGGACGCUCCUUCCUUGUACAUCUCUUUUCUAUCUAUUUUUUUACGUUGUUGUUAGAUUGAAUUUGAACAACCAUGUCACCAGUAUCACAAUAUCAGAUCAUAUAACGAGACAUUUAUUUCUUGUGCAAAUUUAUCUUAAUUGCAUCGUUACUGUGUGAAAAAGUGUUGUACGAUAUACGAUUUAUUCUUCUACGAAUGUAUAUGGUUACAUGCGCAUUUUGUCCAUGCGAAUUAUUUAUAGAUGACAUUCCACAUGAUAUUCUAUACAAGCUCCUUUUCCAUAUCGUUCUGUUGUAUGGUAAUAGUUAUUUUAGAGAUAGUUUGCCCUUGAACCUUUUCUUUUCAAGAUACAUGCAUAUAUAAACUUAUUCAUUUCAGAGAUGAUUUUUUUGUUUUGAUACUUAAGUGAGCAACAGUACUUAGAGUGUUUUCCUUACGUAACGUAUGAGUUUUUCGACGGUCCAGAAGAAUAUAUCAGAACGUUCGUGAUCGUGUAUUUUCCUCUCUUUUUCUGUUAUACAUGCUCUUUCACAUUGAGGAGAGCUGUUCUUUUACAUGAGGCAUGAAGUGCCUUAAUUAUUUUUCGAUUUAGGACAUUAUCUUUUCUCUCGAAAAUUUCGUGAUUUAUAC